AGAGAGAGAGAGAGAGAGAGAGAGAGAGAGAGAGAGAGAGAGAGAGAGAGAGAGAGAGAGAGGGAAACAGAGAGGGAAACAGAGAGGGAGAAAGAGGGAGAUAGGGAAAGAGAGAACAAAUAAGCAUAAUUGUAAGAAAAAGAACUGAAAUAGGAGACUCAUUUAAUUCUAAACAAACUGAACAUUAAACAACAAUUACUCUUUACAUAUUUGCCUUAUCUAUCCAUAAAACAUUGUGAUGUACGGAUAAACAAUCAAUUACAUGAUGUAUUUGACGAAAGGAACUUUAGCUUUAAGUCUUUGUCUUUCUUUUAUAGUUUUUUACUAUGCCUUUAAAAACUUAUCCAUUGGAUCCAGCUUCAAUUUUGACACAUUGAAUAUUCUAGACAAUUCUAAAGUUUGUUACAUGGGCGAAUGGUUAUUGAUAAACAAUUCUACUGUUCAAGCGAAAGUAGAAGCUCUAAGAAAUUUGAAAAGAUUCGAUUGUACAUUUACCGAGAUAUAUAGAAAUUUCAAAGAUAAUACAGUGUAUUUAUCAGCCGAAACUCAUCGACUUGUAUUCAAUGGUCCAGAGAAGAAAUUUCAUAUGAGGAACAACUUUUACGAUGUGAGAUGCUGGAACAAAUAUUCCGAUUAUCAUACGACAAUUGCCAAGUUGGGAAAAGGUUCAACAAUGACCCCAACCAAAUCGCAGUCCACCAAAAUUGAAGAGGAUGGGUGCAAAUUUCCAUUUAUCGAUUUCUUUCAUCCUUCUCUCUACAGACGCUAUAAAGAUUUGGGUAAUUACAAGUGCAAAGGUUUACAUAUGACCUACCUUGUCGAUGGCAUACUUAGAUACAACGAAACGGACAUCAAUACAUUCGUCAACAAGAAGAUAGCAAUCGAUUUCAAUUGUUCAGUUAGCCAAAUAGUAAGAAAGGCAGAAUCUUACAAUGAUUAUAUAUUCUAUAGGAAUCUUACUGAUUCAUUGAAAAUCCCCUUUGAAUUUAUCAGGGUGAAAUGUUUCAAUAAAUCUGGAAGCGUUUUCCAUACUGAUUAUCACGCCCAAAUUAUAAAAAAGAACAAAGGGAUUAAGGUCAUUCCGAAAGAUGAGAAAAACUCCAAGGACAAAUUGAACGUUCUUAUAGUUGGCAUGGAUUCAACGUCUAGAGGUAAUUUCGUUAGGCAUAUGCCCAAAUUACGCAGUUUUCUUAAAGACGAAAUGAAGGCGGUAGAGAUGAAAAGAUUUAAUAAGGUUCAAAAGAACACUGUGGUAAACAUAAUGCCGUUAAUGACUGGGAGUUAUCUAAGAGAGAUAGAAAGAAAGUUUGUCAAUGAGUCGUCGCCGUUUAGCAGACGUUUCUAUGACGACGAAAUUGACAAUUUUAUAUGGAAAGAAUAUUCAAAAUUGGGCUAUUUUACUCUUAUGGCGGAGGACGCUUACUACAUGGCUACAUUUAACUAUUUAACGAGAGGCUUCCGAAACCCGCCAACCGAUUACUACUACAGGCCACUUGCUAUUGCCAGUGAAAAGGCUAAUUACGACCUUUGUGCUGGAAACAAGCUAAAGAGUAAAAGAAUCGUAGAUUACACUAAUGAAUUCAUUAACAAGUUUAAAGAUGAGAAAUACUUUGCUUUCGUAUUCGGUACGCAGGUUACUCACGACAAUAAUAAUGGAUUGUCAAGAGUCAAGGAUCUCUACUGGGAUUUUAUUACGAAUAAUUAUUACAAAGGUGUCCUAAACAAUACUCUUCUCAUUGUUAUGGGUGAUCACGGCCCUAGAUGGGGAUACGUUAGAUCGUCGCAAUUCGGAUGGUUUGAAGAUAUGAUGCCGGCCAUGUAUGUAGCCUUUCCCCCGUGGUUUAGGAAGAAAUAUCCCCGGCAUAUUGCCAAUUUAGAAGAAAACUCUGAGAGGUUAAUGACCUUUUUCGAUUUACACCAGAUGCUCCUUGACGUACUACACUUUCGAGGAAACGAAGCCGAUAGAGAGCUUGAUUCAAGCAAUAGAGCUAUAAGUCCUUUUUCCGAAAUACCUAGAAAGAGAGAUUGCAAGGCCGCUAAUGUGAGCGAAGAAUUCUGUAUAUGUCAAAAUUCGAUCAAGAUUAGUCCUGACUUGAAUGAAGUAAAGACAGCAGCGCAAGCAAUCAUAACUUUUAUAAAUGAUCUUUUGGAGAAGAAGGAAAAGGGAAAAUGCGUGAGAUUAUCAUUGGAAACUGUAAAGAGUGCUUCGCUCCUAAUCGACAAAGAAAACGCUACAAAGUUGUUCAAGAGUUCAAAAGCUAAAGAGAAGAUCGCUGGGAAGUUGAAAGAGGUCAAGUUGAAUUUAGUUAUAAGCGUUUCACCAAGCCAGGCCGUGUUUGAGGCUCACGUAAGCUGCAAAGGUAAGAAAUUGACUACCUGUAAAGCUACGGAACACAUUUCCAGAUUGAAUUUAUACAAGAAUCAAUCAUAUUGCGUUCGAAAAAAAUUGAAAGAAUUCUGCCUAUGCAAGAAUCAAUUGAUCUCUUCUAAAAAUGAAACUAUGAUUUUCCCAGAGAUCGACAAGCUGUAAAAGAAAAAAUAUAUAGAAGCAAUAGGCUGACAAAGGAAAAAGAUGAUGAUGCAAUUUAUGACAAUUGUAUUGUUUUUUUUUUCUAAGGGAAAUUUAUUUUACGGGUUUAAAAGAGGAAUAUUUAAAAAUAAAGUGCCGUUGACAAACUCUACUUUCAGUUAUAAACAUUUUAUAUCCAAAUGUACUUGUUUGUGUAUCUAGGCUGAAAAAAAGACAUAAAAAGAAAACAGUCUUGUUUGAACGAAAAAGAAAAAGCCAGUCUACAUACAUAUUAAAUACAGAUUUGUUUAAAUGGUGCAUACUCCCUUUUUUUCUCUCUCUUUAUUAAUUUAGGCUUGAUUGUUUCCCCACCAGGGUAGAGCC